AUGACCUCAGGAUCGCCAGAGGCGUUUCUUAAACGUCUCAAGUCGACCAACAGUAUUCCUUUAGCGCUAUCCGCGUGGAAAGACAAGGAUUUCUACCUCCCGUCCAAAGGGCAACACAUUGCUGCAUGGGCACUCGACCAUCUCCUGAAAACACCUGUGGCCGUGCAUAAUGUACUCAUUUGGAGACUAUUGGAUGAUAUUAUCCUUGGGACUACGGGCUCAUACUCUCAAUGGCUCUCCUCCGUUUUGUACAAAACGCCGACGGUGCCCAUCCUCGCCUCCCUCCUUCGCCCUGCUCCAGAUGAAAAGCCCAGAAAAGAUGCAAAAGAGCUCGCAGAAGUAUCUCGUCGAGUGAUGGAGGUUAUCCUCCCCAUGGCAUUUCCUAGAACGCGGUUCGAGACAGUCUUAGAUUGCCUAUGGGCCGCUUUUGCGUCUGUAUCACACCCAAGGGCGCCGAAAGAGAUGAGUUAUCACCAGAUGGUCGCAUUAAGAGGCUUCCAAGCCGCGUUUGCGAAUGCAACAAACAAGGGGAAGGUAUAUUCAAACUUUAUCCAGAACCACUUUGUAUCGUGGCUUCAGGCUCUGCAUACGUCGCAGAGCGACGUGGAGCUGGAAAAGGAGCUAUGGCAGUCAGGACGCGACAUCUUGACGAGUUUGGACGCGCUCAAAUCCCUUCACAAUCCGGAAACUAAGCCUCAAGAGAACUACUUUGAGCAUCUAAAGGCUGCUGCGACAUCAACGCCCAUUGUACUGCAAGUCGCUCCUCGAAUCUUUCGUGACCAAGCUGCCGCCACGAAGGUGCAUCGGAUCCAAUUAGCCAAUAUGAAACUGGAUACUUCAACAUCCCGUCUCUUUUCAUCGUAUGUCGCGGUCUACGUCGACUGUGCGGAAGACCAGCAGCCUCAGGCUCUGCUCGAUCAUAUGCGAGUGAUUGAAGCUACUCCAGACAUUUCUAUCCGGGACCAAGAAUGGAAGGCAAUACUGAUGCGCAUCCGCGAUGUUGUCUUUACUCGACUUGUGUCGCAAUUGGAUAGUUCAAAUAAGGCGAAAUACCUGGAAAUUCUCGCUAUUAUUGGCCGCAUAGACUAUAACCUCCUCCUUCCGCAUAUUAUUCUGCUUCUGCGGCUAAUGGCUUCGUAUCACGGGCCUACACAGCCAUGUACGGACCUUUUCCAGGUCUUGAUUGAUUAUCACUCUAGAACACGAACGUUGGACCAGCUCUGUCAGGCGAUACUGGAAGCGGCUAUUUCUAUGCAGGAGGCUUCACUCAAUAUGGAGACUCGCGAUACGGAGGGCCAAGGCGUCGAUAUUCUGAACGGACCUUUAUACGGCAUCCAAGGCGGAAAAGCCCUUUGCAAAGCAGUCAAUCUCACAUUGACCCCAGGACAGGUGCCAACAUUCACAGACUACUGCGUCUCAAAGAUGUGCGAGUCGUUAAGCUCCCUAAAGACCAUAUUGGACGCCAAAAUACCCGAUGAUCAUACCGUUCGGAGUGCAGCACUGACGGCAACCUACAUCUGCCGAGCAUCAUCCUUCAUUCUACCCCACCUGCCUAGUUCCAAUCUUUCGUGGACCCGCUUGGAUAUGGACAUAAUUGGACGAAGACUGCAGGACGAGUUUAUACUUUCAGGACUUCAAAUUUGCUUGCAAUCCGGAAGCAGCGCUACCUGGGGGUGUCAAAUUCUUGGAGCAUCGAUAUUGCACUUGGUCUCCUUGUUGAACCAAAUGGAUUCGUGGCCGACCUUACAAAUUCCAUACGCACGCGUCAUUCCAUACAUGGAAGGUUCCAUAGUCUUCUCUAAUGCAGGAGUCAUUCCAGAUCUUCAGCUUGAAGCAGCACGUAUCUUAUGUCGAGCAAGCUCUUUGGAGAUUGCUCAAAGUGCGUUUCAACACAUCCUUGACAAUAUGGACUGCGCCUCUAAUGCAAGCUGGAAUGGAAGGACCGCUGGAAUGUCUUCUGAGAGCCUUUCUUGCGCAUACUGGCAUCUGUUAUCUAUACAAGAACUCCAGAACCUCGCAGUACAUGCAACAGACCAACAACUUAAGCAAUUCUCAAAUCUUCUCUUCCUCUGCUAUGACCCAUCGAUUACAUCAUCUCAGUGCUCAGCAAUUACGCCAGCUUCCUGCAUUCACAGACUACUCAAGUCGGCACAAUUUUGGGAGUGUUCUAGGAUCCACGAACAACUCUUUUCCAUCGUUUUGCCAAAAACUGCUCAGGUCAAUAUCCAAAAACCCAGUACUAUCAACCUCUCAUCGGACAGUUUAUUGUCCAUCUCGCGCUCAUUUGGAAUUCUCCUCGGGUUUCCCUUUGAAGUUAUCAAACCACACAUAAAUAUUCUCGCUCAGAGAGCAAUUCUGGCUGAUAUCGCAAUCUCCAACCUCGAACCCUCGUCGAUCCGGACACUCACAUAUAUGAGGACGAUAUUGCGGACCUUUGUUUCGCGUCGAAUGCGAGAUCAUCAAACCGCUUUUCGUGAAUUUAUGUCGACUUGGGCCGUGGUCGAUUCAUUGUAUCUUUCAUGCCAGAUUACCUCCAUUCAAGAUGAAGCGUUCAGUCAGAGCACGACUCAGCUGCUCGAUUUGGCAUACAGGUCACUCUUGAAUGCUAAAAGGGCACCCAGAGACGAUAUAACGAGAACUGGAAAGAUGAUCAGCCUACAAUCAAGGUCUAUUGAUGCCCUCUCUUCUCUUCAUAUGGAAUGCCUAGCCAUCAUCCUGUUUGCAGUCGGGGAUUAUCUCAAAAACUCUGAACUGGACGAAUCAGUGGUGCGCGAGGCCCGCACGAUGGCUUCGCCUAUUGCAAGCCGCCUCCGGACCAACUUACCCAGAUAUUCUUCUGGCGUAAAGGCCCUCAGAUCGUGUUUAUAUGUCCAACGAAUGACUAACGAUUGGUCCCAGAGCGAACAAGGACAUUUACCACUCUACCAGAAUCUCUAUAAUGCUAUUUUUAAAUCCAAGCUGGAAUCCUUGGAUGCAGAAGAAACAUUUGCUCAGUUUCUAUGGGCGGUGGUAGAUUCUCUCGAGGGGGUUUCACAAUUCUCAGAAUAUCACGAGGUGUUCCUUGCUGGAUACUCUCUGGCGGCUCAAAAAGCGGACAAUUGGUCGCCCAUUGACCAACCUCUGCACAAACUCUCUCGUAGCCUGACUCCAGAUACAUACGAGAAGUUCAUUGAACUCGUCCAGAACUCCUUUAUUACAGCCCUUAAACCUGCACAACCCACACUAUUGCAUGCCCUGAUGGUGACUUUCAGAGCAGCUCCAGAAGGUACCUAUCGUAUUCUGCGAGCCACCGCUUCUCGCAGCAUUCAGCAUGUCAGCAGCAUCAAGAUAUUCCAAUGGGACGAAACUUCCAUGAGACUCAACCAGGAGUUGCUAUCAUACAUACUGUAUAUUUGUCUGGAAAAGCCAAUUCUCCUUGGUCACGCGUCGAUUGGCUCGCUCCUAGCGAUCAUAUCCAGCCUGGUACACGGCUCCGAGUACAAAUGUCUGAAGACCAGCAUUGAAACAUUUGACAAAAUUGUAUCAAUCAUGUCAGCCCUCAUUCGGAACCGUCGUGAUCUCCUGCUAUCCGCUCUUCCUCAUCUCGCCAUCGUUCUCGCACACACUAUGAAACAAUUUGCGUCGGUCCAACCCAAUCUUGGUCAAAGGCAACGCCAGGCGGUUUCGAACAAGCUCGCACCGUGGGUGACCCUUGAUCAGCCAUUGGGUCCCACAGAGGCCGCCGCCUUUUCCCGCUUGCUGGUCAGCCUCAAGACCAAAACGGUCACCCGAACAAAGUUUCAAGUUCCAACAGGACUUAAUGAUACCAAUCCGGAGUCACAAUCUCUGGCGAAACCUUUUGGAAAGCAUGCGUCGUCUGUUCUUUUGGCGUAUCUCGACCUAGUCACAGAUCAGUUAUGUGUCAUUAGUCGAUCGGUUCGCGCAGAACUUGCUCCUGGCCUUUACGUGCUAUGCGAGCUGACCGGCGAAAGGGGCCGAGAUGCACUCAUGGCUGGUCUUGACCAGGAGAAAAGCGUGAUGUUGAAAAGUCUCUGGAGUGCAUAUGAGAAGCAGAAGUACAUCGGGCAAGGAUGA